AUGCGCCAGCUUGCAAGCGGGGCGCACGUAGACGAGGAGAUCGUGCAGGCGUAUCUUGAGCUUCUCCGUGCACAAUCAACUAGACACGCGGAUAUUGCCUCUACUCGAUCUCUCAACGAGGGGCCGAUAGACAUCCACAAUGAGGGUCUGGAACGACCUGUCAUCAUUCCAUUCCAAGACGGCACCGCUUGGGCAUUUGCUGUUGCAUAUCCUGAUUGUGUGCAUUGGUACGACAGCCGGCCCAACGCUAGCAUCCCCAAUCUAGCUACGACGCCACGGCCAAUCGUGACCAACUGGACCGGGCCGAAGGUGUCGCAGGAUCGCGUUGAUGAUGCAGGCGUUCUCGCCCUCAUCGGCAUCCGACAGAUUCACCAAGGGGCUCCUCACAUGAGUCAGGAAUGCGCCAAUGAGCUCGUCUCCUCCUUCCGGGCGCGCUUAAUAGCGGAGCUUACAUGCGGUGAGCUGGAGCCUAGUGCGGAGGCGCUCGCGGCCAUGGCGCCCGCAGAGGCCGAAGCAGGAAGUCAAUUUUUCGCGGACGCGCUAUACGGAACUGAACCAUACCAGAAGAGCUCGUCGUCACUAGUGCGGCCAUUGUCCGCUGGCACGCGCGUCCAGCCCGGGCGAGACGACCGCCGCACCAUCCUCGGACAUCUCUGCGAGGCCGUGCUGUCACAUCGUGCCAUACGAGGUUCCGGUCAGCUUAGUCUUGCCGUGCUCUGGCAGUCGGUCAAGCGAGGCGCGACCGGCAGUACUUUCCACGAAAGGCUUAAUUGCGUGCGCUUCUGCGAACGGAUGGAUGCGCUGGAUGAUGCCCAGGCGGUGGGUAGCGCUAUGCACUACCCUGUAGACAGACAAAGCCUCCUUGAGAUGAGAGACAUGCAGACGCAAUGUCAAUUCUGGCGAGAUGUAUGUGAUCUUCGUCUAGCAUGGGGGCCCGACAAGUACGUUUUGCUUCUCGCCAUCCCCCGGAUCCCGUCGAUCCGGCGGUUGACCGCAUCAAGGAAACAGCAAAUUCUGACCGGCUUGCGGGCUCGCCUUGACAAUUCGGCCGAUUCCUUGCAGCACUGGCUCCAGCAAAGCCAGCGCCUGUGCCGGGCCGUUGUCACGGGUGCACUGCCCGCGGACAAUCUAAUGAUUGAUAUUUACGGUCUCAAGAAGCCUGAGAAUGUGAGCGACUCGGAUUAUGAGAUGUACACGAGCGGAGAUCCUCGGGCUAAGCGUGCGCUUCCUCGGAGGGGAACAGCUCGUAGCACCUGA